AUGGCGACUGGGAGCGUACAAGAAAUCGGCAAGGACCCUCUAUAUCAGAAGCGCGUAACCACUUUCGCGACCACAUAUCUGCUAGGAUAUCGCAGCGUUUUCAUACGCCCCAAUAACAAUGGUGCUGACACGAGUUUUGAGAACCUUUUACCACCAGGUACCAUCGCCGUCGACAUUCCAAUGGUGAAAGAUUCUCCACUGCACAUCGUCAUACAUGCGGAAAAUAUCGUGUUUGCUAGGGGCACGAAAUACCUCUAUCGAACAAAGGACAUCACCAUCUCAUGUCGUUCAGUCAUCUUCGUUUCUCAUCCAAGUGAUUUGAAUACGCCCGUUACAUUUGAUCUCACCGGCGAGGCUCAAUCUUCAAUUCCUGCUGAGCCGCAAAUUGCUGAUCAUGGCACGGACCGGGUAUACAUAGUGGGACUUGAAAGGCCCGAGGCUAAAGAAUACGGCUCCGAUGGUUCAAAAGGGAUUGAUGGCACGGACGGCGGGACAGGGUUUGCUGGCGGCAAAUUUACUUUCAACGGUGACUUGCAGCUUCCAGCGGAUGCGAAGGACCUAUUCAAGAUUGUCACAACAGGUGGAAAGGGGGGCAAGGGUGGGAAUGGUGGACAAGGAGGCACUGGCGGAAAUGGUUGGCGUGGGUUUGGCGAUGUGCCACUGCCCGAGCGUGACUUUCGGCGGAUGCUCGAUCUUUUACCAGGAAGGGCGGGCGGAGAUGGCGGAAAGGCUGGCCGACCAGGUUAUGGUGGGAGUGGUGGCGAUGUCAACAUUAUCUGGACAGUAAACGGAGAGACUCCCAUGCAGGAUGAGAAAUUCAAGCGAUUCGAAAAUCUGUUCAUCAUACAAGCCGAUGCCGGGCAAAAUGGGGAGCCUGGCGAAGGUGGUCUGGGGGGCCCUCCUGGAAAGGAUUGCCAGGAGACGCUGUGGUCCGAAAUACUGUUUUCUGAAAUUUCGCCAAAGCCUGUGGAGUCUUAUGUGAAGUCGAAGCCGAUUUGCAGGAUUGAACUUGGCUUUGGUUGCAGGUGGGACGUACAGUUCUUCAUCGAUCCCGCUGCUAUCCGCGGGGGCGCUACGGGGUCUCAAGGAGUUGCAGCCAUUGGCGUUGCGGGAGCCCAGCCAUCGGCCGGGAAAAAAUACUCGCCCCGGCAGCUGUUGAUGAUCAUUGAACGUCUCUCCUUCGAGUACUUCGUCUAUUUUUCUUCGCAGUUCUAUCACUCGACCGAAAACCUCGAAGCCGUCGAAAAGAUCAAAUCACCCUUCGGGGGGAGUCUCGCUUGGAUUAGUAGCAUCUGUGACCUUGAUGCGAAUGAGAAGAAUAGAGGCACGGUUGGGCCGGAUACGUUGCUGUGGAAAGAAGUGCACAGCUCGUUUGGUACGCUAUGUCGCAGGAUCAACGGGAUGAAGGACAUUUUCGACUGCAGUCUCAUCUCUGUUGAACAGCCGCAUCUCGGCUUGUGGGAGGUUGAGUCAAUCUUGAAGAACUAUAACGAUAUCUCGAGCCGAGCCAAGGUUGUCCGAGAGUAUCUUCGGGAGGGAGCCGCGAAACGACUGGAAAUCCGUGUUCAACUGAAGGGAAUUGCAGCGCAAGUCACAUCCGAACUGUCGAAGCGCACAAAAGCUAUUGAGGACUUGAAAUUGUUGAAGGACAAGAUUGUUUCGGCUAAGGCUCAUGUGUCCUCUAAACUGUCGGCAUUACGUGGGAAGCUGACAGAUCUCGAGGAUUCUAUUCGGAGAGAGGUGAAUUGCGAUGUGUCAGAAAUCUUGAAUGCGCUCGGAACGGUGUCACUCUUUUUUAGUCCUCAUGCGGGUCCUGCUUUCGCCAUUGGUGCUGUUGCUACCAUGGCCGUUGCUGCCCAAAAAAGUUAUGCGGCAAGCUUCGAAUCUUUACCAACAGAAUUCGGUGGCCAUAUCGAAAAAAGUUACCUAUAUGACCGCAUCGACACAUUGAAAGAGAACAGUUUGAAGCUCAAAGAUGACCUGGCUGACACAUUUAAAAAGCACAAGGAGGGAAUUUCUGAUGGAGGCCUCUCGAUGAUAAGGGUUCAAACUGAAAAAUUUGAACGAAUGUCGGAGGAGUACCUGACCAAAAUUAAAGCAACGGCCCCAGUGAAAACCGGGUACCAGGAGCUCAUCGAUGCCAUACAGGACAAGAACGACCUCCUUGACGCUUACAAUGAAACGUAUCUCAGCAUUUCGAGCUCGGACAUCCAUAUUGACAGUUACACGAAGAAUGCAGAGAAUUUGGAAGCGAGCACUGGCAAUUUCGCUGAUGACGAGCUGCAGUUGAUCGAUGCCUUCCUGACCAGGGCAUGUUCCGAUAUGGGUCAGAUGGCAAUUCGUUCACUUUACAACGCGGGCCGGGUGAUGAAUUGUGCCUCCCUGUCGUUCUCUAGGGUAUUCACGCCAUUAGCGACCCUCCAGUCAUUUUCCGGCCUCACACCUCAAGUCCUCGAGGAUGCAUUUAAAGUAUAUCUCCUGGGGCAGGACGUACGGAACCUGAACGAUAUUUGGACCCAUAACCCAAGCGUCGGUAUGGACAACUCACCUCCCAUCGUAAUGGCCUUACACGCCGCUGAAUAUGAAUCUCUCUUCGAGUCUUUACGCCAGAAGCAUCAAUUCACGUUUGCUCUCAACCCCAAAAAUUCAGCCAAGCUUGGAUUCGGCAGCGACUGGUGGGAUGUUCGACUCAGAGCUUUGGAAGUGUACCUCCCAGGCGCGGUCCGCAUCCCAGGCCAGAACGACGACGAGAAUGAAAGGCCCCAUAUUAAUCUCCGUAUAUCUACCUCAGGAAAAGCGACUUACCUUGACAAAGAGGGCAAAACUCACAAAUUUGAGCUGCCUCAGAUUGUGAUGCCUUUCCGCUAUACCUACGCACGAAAUUCCGUUGACGGAAGCGAAGAUCUGAUCGGGAGCAAGCCGGUGGGAGGGGAUGCGUUCCUCUUUAGCCUUGAGCCGAAUCACCAACGUGAUUACAUCAUUCAGUCACCCUUCGUAGCAUGGACUGUGAAUGUCUCCGAUGAAAAACAAGUUAAAGUCGCAGACUGCAAGAAGAUCAUCUUCAAAUUCCAUUUAACAUACCGCGCCCGUCAGCCGAAGGUUUAA